AUGUCGACCUUAUCGAUUAAAUCGACGGCUCGAAUGAACUCAGGCUAUGAGAUACCUCGCUUAGGAUAUGGUGUUUACCAGACUCCGCCAGAUGUGACAGAAGAUGUUGUCUUACAAUCUUUCAAAGCAGGAUAUCGUCAUGUGGACUCGGCGAUCUUCUAUCGAAACGAGGCUCCUUCUGCUGCCGCUAUUAAGAAGUCCGGCAUCCCUCGCUCUGACAUAUUCUUCACCACCAAAGUUUAUUCAGCAAAAUUGAGCUACGAGGACACCAAAUCCAAAAUUGCUUCUUCGCUCAAACAGACUGGAUUUGAUUAUCUUGACUUGAUGCUUCUCCAUGCUCCAUUCGGUGGGCGUGAGGGUCGUAAAGGUGCAUGGAAAGCCCUGCUAGAAGCACAAGAUCGAGGUGAAAUUCGGUCUUUAGGAGUAAGUAAUUACGGCGUAGGUCAUUUGGAUGAGAUGGAGGAGUACAUGAAGGAACUGGAACAAGAACGUGGUGAGGGAAAGGGAGGCAAGAUCGACGUCGGUCAAUGGGAAAUCCAUCCUUGGUUAGCUCGAAAAGAUAUCACCGAUUGGUGUGAGAAGAGAGGAAUUGUCGUCGAGGCCUACUCUCCUCUCGUUCAGAACACACGCCCAAAUGAUCCUCUGCUCCAGCCCUUGGUCAAGAAGCACAACAAAUCCCCUGCACAGAUUCUCCUUCGUUGGAGUCUGCAGAAGGGAUUUGUGCCUUUGCCAAAAAGUGUUACUCCAAGUCGGAUCGUCGAGAAUGCUUCUAUUUUUGAUUUUGAAUUGGAUGAGGAAGACAUGAAGAGUUUAAAUACAGGCAAAUAUGAGCCUGUGUGCUGGGACCCUACUACGGCACCUGGUUCUCGCUUGUAA